AUGGCCAAAGCUCCACCAGUCAAGAAGAGGAAGAGGGCUGAGCACGUUGAAAACAAUGUUACGGAUGAGUUAUCGUCUACGAAUGCUGUCGAGAACUCUACGCAAGCGCAGGUUUCCGCUACCAGUACUGUAAGUGCUGGCAAUGGCUUCGGAGAGGUUCAUUUGACAGAAGAACCCUCAACGAGGAGUAUAUACGCUGGCGAUCGUGUCGAAAGAAACGACGAGUUCUCUGGUAGAGGCCUACUGCCAAUUAAGCACAAAAAUGCUGUUGGGACUUCGUAUGCUCAACCGGCUAUAUUUACUGGACAGGUAAUGCUUGACGAGCAAAGUCAAGACAAAUUCGGAAAAGUACAGAUUUUCUCAUCGCAGAAGCUGCCCCAGCCAUUCCUCGACAGAUGA